AUGUCUCAAGUCAAACUUCAAGAGCAGCCUAACACAUUUCAGCUACUUUGCAACACACAAACGUCGUUGAAUUAUAUUGAGAGCUUUCGAAGGUAUAUUGGAAGAGAUGUCAGAGAUUUGUUUGGGAAUAAGGAUAACUUUCGGAUUCUAUUGUUGAUUAUAAAUAUCGUUGGGAUAUAUUCUACGUUUUUGAUCAGCGGGAUAUUUCAGGAACAGUUGAUCAAUUUGAAAUUUUUGAAAAGGUUUCCUAUAAUAUUGAAUCUCGUCCAGUCAACUUCUAGUUUGAUUGUAUCGUUGUUAUAUUUUUCGAUAAACAAGAAUUUCCAGGUCAAGACAAUUACGCAUGAAAUCAAGUACUUGGUCAGGCUUGACAAAUAUCGGUUAAUCAAGUUGGUUUUGGGCAUAUCGUUUUUGCAAAGCUUAAGCUCUCCAAUAUCGCAGUACUCUGUCAGGUUUGGAUUGGAUUAUUUAUCGAUUUUGCUAGCCAAGUCAUGUAAACUAAUUCCAGUGUUGAUUGUCCAUUUGAUUUUAUACAAUAAGCGGUUUCCCAAGUACAAGUAUGUGUUAUCGGUUGUGAUUACUCUUGGGGUUGUGUUGUUUUCCUUGAAUAACAAAAAGAGGGUUGGCAAUGUUAAUGUUAAAGAAGACAGCAAUGUGUACAACCAGUCGAUGGGAUACGGGUGUCUAAUGCUAUCGUUGGCGCUAGAUGGGCUAAUGAACUCGACCCAGGACCAGUUGUUCAAAAGAUACAGCAGCAGCAACGCGCCCCAAGACAAGAAAGUUUUGUUGAGUGGCACGCAUUUGAUGAUCUUUUCGAGUUUCUUCAACGUUGUUUUUUCUCUCAUCUACUGCACCGUGUUCUCAAACCAAUUGCAAGAUGUUCGGUGGUCGCUAUUAUGCUACUCGGUGCUAAACUCGGUGGGGCAGAUCUUCGUGUUUGUGGUGUUGGAGAAGUUCAGCUCGUUGGUCCUCGUCACCGUGACCGUCACGAGGAAGAUGGCGUCGAUGGUGCUCAGCGUGGUGGUGUUCAACCACCACUUGCGGCCCGCCCAGCUUGUUGGGAUGCUCCUUGUUGUGCUCGCGCUCUCGUACGAGGCCGCGCUCAAGUGUGCUCAAAAGAAACGCGGACAAACUCCCAUUUAG